AUGAUCCAGACAUAUAGAUUUACAAUGAAGAGACCAUCAGCUCAAUCAAUCAGAUGGUCAAUCUGUCUAGGACAUUCAUCAUCAUCAACACUGGAUGAUGAAGAUGACAGGAUAACAUCAAAGAUAUUAAGUGCCAAUAAUGAUAGUUAUAUCGAUGCGCCAGUCAUCCAACAUGGUGACACAAUUGAAUUGGAAGCACAAUAUCGUGCGCCACUACUUGGUUUCCGUCCAUUGGUCAUAUGGAGUCCGAAUGUGACAGAUGCCCAACCAUCAUAUGGACCAACCUACACCAUGUCCAUCAACAAUGGCUACCACAGUGGAAGUGUUUCAGUCAAAGUCGUCUACCGUCUGUUCAACGCAGUGAUCAGGUCAUCGGAAUGGUACCACUGGCAACUAAGUAAUGCUACCUACCAAGACUCUUCGGCCACGCCAUCAUCGACCAACUAUGUGUUCUACCAAGAUCAUGUUGUUCGCGUGCCCCAGAGGUGCAUGGCACAGUUGGGCUCAGGCAACAUCACCCGCCAAGCAGUGAUUGACAUAUCCUCAACCAAUUGCACACAGUUGUCCAAGAUGAAUAUCACUGUUGGCACCAUAAUCAUGUCAUCAGGAACAUUGUACAACAUCCAGAACCCUGUGAUCACGGCCACAAACAACAUCACUCAUAUUAUUAUCAUCCUCAACUCGACAUAUGCUUUGCCCAUGGAUGUGUUACAAGAUGCAUCAUUCACUUCAGUUCCAUUCGCACUGAGUAUGCUUGACAACUCAUCACAGACCCAAUCAAACAAGAUGGCCAUGAGAAUGGACUCCAAGGCAGCACUCCAGGAUCCAACAACAGUAUACUCGUUCAACACUGGCAACCAAGCCAUGACCUUUAUAUCGGGCUUGGACAUCACAUUCAUUAUCAGUGGCAGUGUUACCUUGAACCCGACGGUCACCAUCAAGGUUGCCGCUGGUGCCCUCUCGACUUACAAAGUAGAAUGGGCUCCAACAAUACAUCUCGAUGUCAAGGGUACCAUCCGGUUCGCCAAAGCCGUGCCCCUGCACCAUACUUUCACAUUGUGGUCAGCGUCGGGCUUGGGCGGCAUUGGACUGUUUGGAAUGCCAAUGGUACUCCGCCCCACAUUCUCAUUCCCUUUGACUAUCUCAGCAAAGAGCGCCGCGGUGUGGAGUGGCGAUCUCAUUGGCCAAGUCGAGAUGACGGGCAGCUUCAGUGCCGACUACAACCCGUCCAUCAAUUACUGGAGUAAUCCAACCAUUGACUACACACCCUCGGUGAACAAGCGAGUGCAGUUCAUACCGUCGACUGUUACAUCAUGUAUGACCGACGUCUCCAUUGACCUUGGCAUCGAGCUCGGUCUAAAGAUGUGGGAGGUUCUCUCAGUAAGCAUUACCCGAUCGGUUGCCUUUGCCUACCUCUACCAGACUGGCGGGCCAACCGAGUCACCCAGCAACGGACUCGCCUCGCCCGACUCCAACAUUGGCAGCAACGCACUAUGUAACAAAGAUGGUUGCUACUGUCCCUGCCUAAACAUUGGCGACCCUAUCGGAGCGUUUGAAGGCGCCAACAUCAACACGGGCUGGACAUUCUCGGUGAACCUCGCGUUCUGGAAGGUGUUCAGUGUGGACAUCUACACCAAUCGCUUCAGCCAGGAUCACUACUACCCGGUGGGACCGCAGGUGUGCUCGGCGAGGAAGCCAGAAUGUGCUUCAAUCGUGCCAAGGCGAUGUACAUCAAAGAAUUGUCCAAGUUGCUAUCGAUGUACUUCCGACUUGUGCUACUAUUGUAAAGAUCCAUCUGCUAUGGAUUGUGGCGGACCUCCUACUACACAGGUGGACCUCUACUGCGUACAACAGAUUGAUAACAGUGACAUUGUACCUGCUGUGCCUGUACCCAAGCCUCCCGGAUACACAUGCAAUGUUAGAUGUUGUGGAAAGACCAAUGUAUGUCGUGAAGGAAGUUGUUGGCCAUAUUCAUCAAGACAUCAACUUCUUCAACAACAACAACUUGGUGAUGGUGAAGAUGCAUUCAGUCCCUAUGAAGAGUCACAAUUCCUCUUCAGUGCAGCCUAA